GACAGGAAGACAAGCCACCUCCUCAGGCCCCCACACACAGCUUUGUGGGCAGAAUGUGGCACAGCGAGUCUGUUGUGGAGGCUGAGAAAGGCAGCCUGGAGCCCAGGCCAAGUUCAGCCAUGGCCAGGAAUGAGCCACAGAAGGAAACUAGGGGACAGGCCUCCCCAGCAUCUUGCUCUAAUGUGAUGGUUGUGGACCUUGAUGAAUGCUCCCCAUCUUCCAGGGCCCAAGAGGUCGUGGAGAGAGACUGCUGGGAAGGGCACCAGGAAACCUAAUGUGCAGGUCAAAUACCUAGACAUCAAUAUAGAUCUCGGGAGAUCACGGUCUCCAAGGUCCAGUGAAAGCCCCUCACUGAACACCAAAUCUGCUGCCUCAAAUACAGAAGAUCUACUCUUUGACACACAGUCUCGUAAGCUUGAGUCUCAAGGGUUCACUGACCAGCAGGCUCAGGCUCAAGGCCGAGCUACCAGCGUGCUCCUUCAAGACUGUGCCACUGACACGCUUCUCAAAGACUGUCACUCGAAUAUGCUUCUUGCCGCAAAUAUCUUGGCUUCUCAGGAAUCUCUGUCCUAUUUGCAGAUCUUAUCCAGUGGAGACAAGUGCAAUUCCCAAAAACUCUAUGAUGAUACCUCAAGUGAAGGGAGCAGCCAGGGACAGCAGGUGGACAUGAGGCGACAGCUCAAUUAUAAGAGCCGGGGCAAGAAGUCUGUCCCCAAGGAUGGGAGAGAGAAAUAUACAAGGCCCAAAUUAAGACAGAUUAAAAAAGGGCCAGCAGAACGGAGGGCUUACCAAGCCCAAGGGAUGAGUCAUCCUGGCCAGAAAAAAGAAUCAACGGAGUCCCUGAGAAGCAAGUUUCGGCAGUUAGUCCUAAAGAAGAGACAGGUUCCAUCAGAAAGCCACUUCAAAGAAAGGCUUAAGCUCCUUCUGCCGUGGAUUUUCCCCAGUAAAGGCAGAGAACCAGAAGAGCCCUGCAAAAAGGCAGGCCUGAAACAGCCACUGUCCAGAGCCAAGAAUCAAUCAAGAGCAAAUCGACCACGGACAGCAGGGCUGUUUGAGGCUCAGACUCUCAUGACAGCUGUUGGGCAGAUCCUAAAGGAGAGGAUGGUGUUUCACCAGGGCCCUCACGCCACGGAGUUAAACUGGUUCCAGGCAGAAUUCCAGGACCCCCGAGGUCCACAUUACUGCCACCACAGAAUCCUGUCUUACCAAGAGGAAAGGAGAAUGAGGAGACACACACCCCGUUAUCACCAAGCCACCCCAACGGGCCACAGCUUUUCAAAAAAGAGUAAAUGAACCAGUCCCAGGGACAGCAAGUGGGCCUUCUCACCCAGGGAGCCAGGUUGCUCUCCAGGCAGAGCCUGGCAGCAUGGCUCGCGAGUGGCAUGGGCCCCAGGCCAUUCCCUCCACUGUCCAAGGCACGUCUCCCUCAGAAACGCACCUCUUCUGGUGAAUCCGAGCAUGCUUUUCACAGCAUUCCGGGUAGGAAAACUCUCCUCCAAGAAAAAAAUGCAUGCCAUGUUAGCACAUCCUCUGUGUGCUAAAGGCUUCUUCCUACCAGAAAUUUUGUUUCAUGAAAUAAAUGAUUUUUUUCUCAUAAGAGGCCUGUCGGUGCCUCACUGAGGGAGAUGGAAGGCAUCGGGGUCCACGCUUCCCAGGUGCCUGCUUUGACUUCCAGAUGGGAAGGGGCCGUGGAGGGAGGGUGACCCCAGCAUGGAUACUCACCCUCACCCCAGUUCCCUAACUGCGCCUUCAGUCUCCACAAUACCAGCAUUACAGAAACAAGCAACAGCAUUUAGGACAUGUCACAGUGACCUAAACCUGAAGACCUCCCCCUUCUCAGGAUCUUGCUCAGUUCUAUCCUACUCUGUCUCCACCUGGACGUUGUGCAGCUGGUAGGGGAGGUGUGUUCAGAAGCUGAAACUCCCCUCAGGCUCAGGAGGUGUCAGGGACAAACUCACAUGUCAGAAUAAGGAGGGGAGUCCAGAGGUGGGACAAGCCUCACCCCCGAGUCACAGCGGGGUAGAUGCUGCUGCCCUGAAAGCCCCUUUCUCUCCGAGAUGUGGCUGGGACAAGAUAGGCGAGGUUUGUCAGCCUCCCUCUGCCAUUCUCCUGCUCUGAAGCAGCAGCAAGAACGAGGACCACACACUCCCAGCUCUGAGAGUGUGCAGUGCGGAGCAUGCAAGCCUCUGAGGGCUGGUCCCACCUGGCCCUGGAGGAGAGGACAGCGAUGCUUACAGCGCCCACCUCCCCCAGUGAAUGAGCAUGGUCGUGACUGUGUGGAGGCCCCUCACGGUCUGAGAGCUGGACGCAGCGCCCCUGGGAUGGGAUGCAGAGGAAGGAUGUUAGUGGCAGGGGAGCCCAUAGACGGGGCAGUUACCAAGGAGCAGCGGUCUCCCACCACCAUCCACAGGCCCAGAGGAGAGAAGUGAGGGGCCCG